CCCUCUCAUUAGCGGUAGUAGUACCCAUUCUCAUCUCAACCCCUUGAGAGAGAGAGAGAGAGAGAGGAAAGAAGAAGCCCUCUCGAUUCAAUCCCCAAGGCCUCAAAAAUCCCUUCUUUUUCGUGUUGAUUCCAUCGUUUUCAGAGAGAGAGAGAGAGUGAGAGAGAGAGAGAGAGAGAGAGGAAAGAAGAAGCUCUCUCGAUUCAAUCCCCAAGGCCUCAAAAAUCCCUUCUUUUUCGUGUUGAUCCCAUCGUUUUCGUAGAAUUUUGAUCUCUUUUUCGAUUCAAAUCGCCUUGGUUUUCAAGAAAAAAAAAGGAGAGUGGACAGAGAGAGAGAGAGAGAGAGAGAGAGAAAAGAACAGCAAUUUUCUUUGCAAUUUCCAUCAAUCUCCUGCAAAUUUGAUCCCUCUUUCGAUUGAAAUCGCCUUGUUUUCGAGAGAGAAGGAGAGUGGAGAGGGGAAAAAACCCGAUUUUUCUGUUUUGAUCUCUUUCUCACCUUAGAGAGAGUAAAGAGAGCCUCUUCAAUUCAAUCCCUGAAGCUUCAAAAUCUCAAAAAAGGGGGAAAAAAACCUUUUUGUUUGGGUGUUAAUUAAAGUUGAUCUUGUUUGGGUUGAAGCAGUAAAGAUUUGAUAUGGAGACAGGCGCGGAGGGGUAUGGGAUCGCGAGCCUGCGGAUGAACAGCUCGUCGAUCUUCCAGCGGGGCGCGAGCUCCUCGAUCUUCCGGCGGGGGGACGACGUCUUCUCGAUGUCGUCGCGCGACGAGGAUGACGAGGAGGCCCUCAAGUGGGCGGCGCUCGAGAAGCUGCCGACCUACAGCCGGAUGCGCAAGGGGAUCUUUUUUGAUGAGGGGAUCCGCAAGGAGAUCGACAUCGACAGCUUGGGGUUCCAGGAGAAGAAGAAGCUGCUCGAGAGGCUUGUUCACGUCACGGAGGAGGAUAAUGAGAGGUUCCUGUUGAAGCUCAAGGAUCGGAUCGAUCGAGUCGGACUCGAUUUCCCGACGAUUGAGGUGCGGUACGAGCACCUCAACAUCGAGGCUCUUGCUUACGUGGGAAACAGAGGUCUCCCCUCAUUCCUCAAUUCAACACUCAAUGCUCUUGAGGCCGUGGCCAAUGUUCUACAUUUAGUUCCGAACAAGAAGAGGCCGUUAAACAUUCUUCACGACGUUAGCGGAAUCAUCAAGCCAAGGAGGAUGACUUUGCUCUUGGGUCCUCCGGGCUCAGGGAAGACCACGCUGCUUUUGGCUCUGGCCGGAAAGCUUAGCUCGGAUUUAAAGGUCUCGGGUAGGGUGACUUACAAUGGCCAUGAGAUGAAUGAGUUUGUCCCUCAGAGAACAGCAGCCUAUAUAAGUCAGCAUGAUUUGCACAUUGCGGAGAUGACGGUGCGAGAAACCCUUGCUUUCUCUGCUCGGUGCCAGGGAGUCGGUACUCGAUAUGAUAUGUUAACUGAGCUUUCUAGAAGGGAGAAGGCCGCAAAUAUCAAGCCCGACCCUGACAUUGAUGUCUACAUGAAGGCAGCUUCAAUGGGAGGACAGGAAACAAGCAUAAUUACUGAUUACGUGCUCAAGAUUUUAGGUUUAGAUAUAUGUGCCGAUACCAUUGUAGGAAAUGAAAUGUUGAGAGGAAUCUCUGGAGGACAAAGAAAGCGUGUCACGACUGGCGAGAUGAUUGUCGGACCAGCAAGAGCUCUGUUCAUGGAUGAGAUAUCCACUGGUCUUGACAGCUCCACAACAUUCCAGAUAGUAAAAUCUCUCAAGCAAAUGACCAACAUUCUUGGUGGCACGACCGUAAUUUCCUUGCUUCAGCCUGCUCCGGAGACUUACGACCUUUUCGACGACAUAAUCCUCCUCUCAGAUGGGCAGGUUGUGUACCAAGGCCCGCGCGAGAACGUGCUUGAGUUCUUUGAGUCCAUGGGGUUCAAGUGCCCUGAGAGGAAGGGCGUCGCUGACUUCUUACAAGAAGUGACUUCAAGGAAAGAUCAGCAUCAGUAUUGGGUACGCCAUCCCGAGCCGUACCGAUACGUUCCCGUGAGGGUGUUCUCAGAGGCGUUCCAGUCGUUCCAUGUCGGUGAGAAGCUUGGGAGAGAGCUUUCGGUCCCAUUUGACAAGAGCAAGAGCCACCCGGCUUCUCUCACUACAUCAAAGUAUGGCCUUAGAAAGAAGGAGCUGCUAAAAGCUUGCGCGGCUAGGGAGUUCUUGCUAAUGAAGAGAAAUUCAUUUGUGUACAUAUUCAGGGCUGUUCAGCUCACUUUUUUGACAAUCAUUCUAAUGACACUCUUCUUAAGAACCCGCAUGCACCAUAGGGAUGUGAAUGAUGGGGUGGUUUUCAUGGGUGCUCUCUUCUUCUCUAUUAUAGUCCACAACUUCAAUGGCUUCUCUGAGCUCGCCUUGACCACCAUUAAGCUCCCUGUCUUCUUCAAGCAACGGGACUACCUCUUCUUCCCUGCAUGGGCGUAUUCUAUACCAACAUGGAUCCUUAAGUUUCCUGUUUCGAUGAUCGAGGCAGCGGUCACGGUGUUCUUGAAUUACUAUGUAAUUGGUUUUGAUCCAAACAUAGGAAGGCUGUUUAAGCAGUAUCUGCUGCUUCUCUUUGUCAAUCAAAUGGCUGCUGGGCUCUUUAGAUUGGUCGCAGCAUUAGGCAGGAUCAUGGUUGUCGCGAAUACAAUUGCAUCCUUUGCACUUCUGGUGAUGCUCGUUUUCAGUGGAUUCAUCUUAUCGCAUGAUAAGAUUAGGAAUUGGUGGAUCUGGGGUUACUGGAUCUCCCCCCUCAUGUAUGCACAGAACGCAAUUUCAGUGAACGAGUUCCUAGGACACAAAUGGAGACAUAUUGAUCCUGCAACAAAUGAGACACUUGGCGUAGCAGUCUUGAAAUCACGCGGAAUGUUUACAGAAGCAAAAUGGUAUUGGAUUGGUCUCGGUGCAUUAGUUGGUUUCGUUCUCGUCUUCAACUUUCUCUUCACGGUGGCACUGUCCUAUCUAAAAUCAUUAGGGAAGGCUCAGCCUAUUCUAACUGAAGAAGCAAUUAAGGAGAAGCAUACAAAUAUUACUGGGGAAAUGCUGGAAAUGGAAACCAUAGGGCAAGCCUCCGAUAGCGUCUCUUCGUCCAGAGGAAACGCUAGAAAUGCUAGGAAUAGUGCUUCAUCAAGGACAACAGCUGAGGAUUCUAAUCAGAAUAGGAGAGGAAUGGUUCUUCCAUUUGCGCCACUUGCAGUUGCUUUUGAUGAUAUAAGAUACUCGGUCGACAUGCCGCCGGAAAUGAAAGCACAAGGAGUUCAAGAGGACAGGCUGCUGCUACUCAAAGGAGUCAGUGGGUCUUUCAGGCCGGGUGUUCUUACUGCUCUCAUGGGUGUAAGUGGAGCUGGAAAGACUACACUUAUGGAUGUCUUAGCCGGUAGGAAAACCGGAGGGUACAUAGAAGGAAACAUCACCAUUUCUGGCUAUCCCAAAAAGCAAGAAACCUUCGCUCGUGUUUCCGGUUACUGUGAACAAAAUGAUAUCCACUCUCCUAAUGUGACGGUCUAUGAAUCACUCGUCUACUCCGCGUGGCUCAGACUGCCUCCUGAAGUUGAUUCCGAGACCAGAAAGAUGUUCAUUGAAGAGGUGAUGGAACUAGUAGAGCUUAAUCCAGUGAGAGAAGCACUCGUUGGAUUACCUGGUGUGAACGGCUUAUCAACGGAGCAAAGAAAGCGGCUUACGAUUGCUGUGGAGCUUGUGGCCAACCCUUCGAUCAUAUUCAUGGAUGAGCCCACUUCUGGACUAGAUGCGAGGGCCGCAGCCAUAGUUAUGAGGACUGUGAGAAACACCGUCGACACUGGUAGAACUGUCGUUUGCACAAUUCACCAGCCUAGUAUUGAUAUUUUUGAAGCUUUUGAUGAGCUCUUUCUAAUGAAGAGAGGUGGAGAAGAGAUAUAUGUGGGCCCACUAGGACACCAUUCUGUUCAUCUGAUCAAUUAUUUUGAGGGAAUUCGAGGGGUUAGUAAGAUCAAACCAGGGUAUAAUCCUGCAACAUGGAUGUUGGAAGUGAGCUCACUGGCCCAAGAAGAGAUAUUGGGUGUCAACUUCACUGAAACAUACAAGAACUCAGAACUGUAUCAGAGAAACAAAGCAUUGAUUAAGGAACUAAGCGCACCCCCUCCUGGUACCAGUGAUCUAUAUUUCGCGUCUCAGUAUUCUCAAUCCUUUUUCUCUCAAUGCAUGGCUUGUCUUUGGAAACAAUACUUAUCGUAUUGGAGGAACCCUCCGUACACUGUCGUGAGGUUCUUCUUCUCUCUCAUUGUUGCCUUCAUGUUCGGCACAAUAUUUUGGCGCCUCGGUAACAAAUGGGAAACACAACAGGAUCUAUUCAACGCCAUGGGCUCAAUGUAUGCUGCUGUUCUGUUCAUGGGAAUCUCAUACGCCUCUUCGGUGCAACCUGUCGUUGCCAUUGAAAGAACGGUCUUCUACCGAGAAAGAGCCGCAGGAAUGUAUUCGGCAUUGCCGUAUGCAUUUGGACAGGUUUCAAUCGAACUACCAUACGUCCUAAUCCAAUCACUGAUAUACGGAGUUAUAGUGUACGCCAUGAUCGACUUCAAAUGGACUGCGGCAAAGUUCUGUUGGUACAUAUUCUUCAUGUACUUCACACUCCUCUACUUCACAUUCUAUGGGAUGCUCUGCGUCGGAGUUACUCCAAAUUACAACAUUGCCUCCAUUGUUUCCUCUGCAUUCUACGGCAUCUGGAAUUUGUUCUCCGGGUUUAUUAUCCCCAGACCUAGGAUGCCAGUGUGGUGGAGGUGGUACUCGUGGGCGUGCCCCGUAUCGUGGACGCUGUACGGAUUAGUCACGUCGCAGUUUGGUGACAUACACGACACCAUGACCAACGACAAAGAGGUAUCCCAGUUUUUGAAGGACUACUUCGGGUUCCAUCACGACUUUCUGCCCGCAGUUGCCGUCGCUGUUGUCGGUUUUGCUGCCCUCUUCGCCUUUUUAUUCGGCUUUUCCAUCAAGGUCCUCAACUUCCAACGGCGAUGAUCAUGAUCUCCCGUUUUGAUAUUCGAAAAAGUGGAAACUAUUGUUAGACAAUUUUCUUUUUUUCUUUUCUUUUCCUUUCCUUUCUUUUUGAGAGAGAACAACAAGAUUUGAGUAGCACUAGUUACAUGUAUAGUCCUCAUUUUCUUGGCAUUCUUAUGUAUAAUAGAGAUGAUUAAUUGACACAAAGAAUGUGUUGUAUUAAAACGUACUUAUUCAAUAAAGGACCAAUUAAGUGCAUCAUAUUCAUGCUCAUUAA